AUGAAGAAGGUACAAACGUGCAAGUUAACACCUCCCAACCUAACUCCAACUCAAACACAACAUGCUCGAUCGUCCUGGGACUGGUCAGAGAUUAUAGAACACGAAGCAGCGGCAGAAAAUCAACAAACUCAGCUCAAAACCAACGAUUUCU